CACCUUUUCCUUUGCAUUCAUACAUGGUCUUGUUUGUCAACUGCUUGGAUUCUUGAGCCAAUAGCCCAUACAGUGUAAUAGAGUAGUAGUUAUGUUUGCACGGGCAGUGAGGCAAAUCUCAGGUGUUCCUUUUGAAGGAAAGACAGAAUCUCUUGAAGGAGCUGAGCCUGAACUCUGUAUUACCAUUUUCCAAAGAGGCUUGAAUUUUUCUGGUGUUAAGAAGAAGCUAGUCAAUGCUGAUCCUGCCUGGAUGGAGUCCUUCAUUGAGGAAGGAGGCCUCUUUGCUCUCUUUGAGGGACUCCAGGGACUUGAGAACUCAGGACUGGACUCCAUUGCCGGUACUGUCAAACUACUGGACUGUGUCGAUUGCAUCAAAGCAGUCAUGAACUCACAAGUUGGACUUGAGUUUAUAAUCCACUCUGACAAGAACUUUACUAACAUACUGAUUGAAGAGUUGAAUACUAAUAUUCCACUGGUGAAGAUGCACAUAUUUGAGAUGCUAAGUGCAGUGUCUAUAUAUUCUGAUGAAGGUCUGUAUGUUGUCCUUGGAGCAUUGAAGCAUUAUAAGGUGUUUAAUGGUCUCAGACAUCACUUCAGUAAACUGAUUGAGGAAUUGCAGUCGAGUGAAACUGAUGAGUAUGCUGCUUGUGUGUUAGCAUUCAUCAAUUGCUUGAUAGCAGGAUCAGUGGGGCUUGAGGCCAGAGUUCACCUCCGCAAUGAACUACUAGCACUCAACCUCCAGGAAGAGUUGAACAGGUUCAAGAGCAGUUCUUGUGAGUCAUUAAUAACACAACUUGACGUCUUUGAGGAUUCCAAUGCUUCUGAUAGUCAGUUACUGGUAGAACAAGGAAUCGACUUACAGUCACCAGAAGAAAUGUUCCACACUGUGUAUGAGAAGGUCCUGGGUACACCACAAGUAUUGAACCUGCUACACAUACUCCAGAGUAUGGUACUGAUUGAAAGGGGAUCCACUGAUGCUGGAAUGAUAUGGACACUCCUUGAAGAACUGACACAAAGAACUGUACUGAUGAACGAACCUCAAAGGAUUGAAGAGUUCCGUAGGAAAUCACUUGAACUGAUAACUGAGGCAGUUAAAGCUAGAAGAACCAGUACUACUGCUGCUCCAACAAUAUUUGAAGAGGAAUCUCCUCAUUUUGACACCUCAUCACCAGACCCACUCACCCCACCACCUCAGGCUCCACCCCCUCCUCCCCAGGCUCCUCCCCCACCACCUCCUCCUCCCCAAGCUCUGCCCCCUCCUCCUCAAGCCCCGCCCCUCCCUCAUGUAUCGUCCAAUAGUCCAUUACUGGUUCAUCCUCCUUUACAAAGGACCUCUUCUAUAUUAGACAUGGCCAGGUCCUACACCCCCAGUAAGAGCAUGAAGAAGCUUAAUUGGCAAAAGAUACCCCAACACUUAGCAACAAGGUCAGGUACACUUUGGGAGGUAUCGACCAACCUCUCCCUCCAACCAAAAGUGAACAUCAAGUUUGAUGAACUUGAAGAAUUGUUUGCUCGUAAAGGAGUGAUGAAUCAGCGAAGCAUGGAUACCACCACUCCUCUUAAGCCCUCGCCUUCUGUUGUUAGUUUACUGGAUACUAAAGCUAGUCUUAAUGUCAGUAUAUUCCUGAAGCAGUUUAAACUGGACAAUACCAGUAUAGUUGAUAUUAUAAAGGAUGGCCAAUACACUAAGAUCAGUAUUGAACAGCUUAAUGCUUUAGCUAAACUACUCCCUAGCAAAACAACAGUUGAGCUAUUGAAGUCUUUUGAUGGACAGAGGUCUUUGCUUGGAACACCCGAGGAUUUUUUUCUUCAACUUUUACAAGUUAAAAGUUACACACUACGCAUUGAGGCAAUGAAGGUUAGGCUGGAAUAUAGUGAGAGACAAACUGAAUUGAAGCAAGUUAUAAAUACAUUGAGAAUGGCAAUAUCAGAGGUAUUAGAUUCGUCUUCUAUCCGUGACAUAUGCUAUGUUGCCUUGGUAACCGGGAAUGUUAUUAAUGCAGGUGGUCAUGCUGGUUCGGCAUUUGGUUUCACAAUAUCUUCACUGCAAAAGUUAAAGGAUACUCGAGCCAACAAGUCAAAUAUGUCAUUGCUCCAUUACAUUACUGGCCUCUUUGAUCAACAGCUUCCUGACGUCUCAAAAUGGAGGGAACAGCUACCACAUCUUGAAGAAGCAAGCAAGACGAGUCUUGAGUAUUUGACUGAGCAGGUGACACAUAUUGACAGCCAAAUCAAAGGAUUGCGUAAGAAGAUCAAGGAGUCCCCGGGGGACCUUCAGGACCAGCUGGAGUCAUUCUUACUUGAAGCAGAAGAGGAAGUUGUUGAUCUUCGUUUUGCUUUAGAGAAUGUUCAUGACCUUUCAAAGCAAACAGCUGAUUAUUUCUGUGAGGAUAGUGAGAGCUUUAAUCUUAACGUGUGCCUCUCAGAACUCUUUGGAUUCUUCCUUGAGUAUGAAAAGGCCAUUAAGGAAAACAAGCAAAGGGCAAUACUAGAAGCAGAGGCAAAGAAGAGAGAGGAACAAAGAACCAACCAACAUAAGAAAACUAAAAACAAAACAAACUCAAUAUCAUCAACUAAUGAAGAACAUUGUCUUGUUGAUCAGCUCCUCCAAGAAAUAAAGGAAGGAACUUCUCUCCGCACAACUAACAAGUCUCACUCAAGAAGGAGGAGCUCCUUAAAUCAUGAUGGACUCAAGCGACUUCAAGAUGUUAUUUUGAAAAGUGAAGCAUAUUACAAGAAAAGACGUGCUUCUCAAAUAUCCCAAGAAGACAGAGAAAGACUAACCGACGUACCAUUAGCCUCCGUUAAUGAGGAAGAACCUUAAUUAACACACUCCACACAAGCAAUGAUAGUAUAAUAUACCUACUGCUAUAUCUAAAACCCACUCCUUUAACUUUAGAUUGUAAUUUGUACCACUAUAAGAAUGUAUUUUUAAAAUGAACAAGA